AUGUCAAAACGAAUAUCAGUUCAAGAGAUUGAAAAACGAAUUUUAGCGUUAGGAAAACAUAUGAAUGUAACAUGUCACGCUUGUUUUGGAGGUAGGAGCAUUGAUGAAGAUAUGAAACGUCUUGACGGAGGCGUCCAAGUACAGAAAAUAGACCAAAUUGAAGACAUAUCGGCAAUGCUACCAGCAAAUCUUCAAAUAAUUGUCACAUUGUCGUCUCCCAUCCUUCCUGAUUUACUUGAAAUAACAAAUAAACUAAUGUCAAAUCCGAUGAAAAUCUUGACUGAAAUUGAAGACCGGACGCUCGAAGGCAUUCGUCAAUUUUAUGUGCUCGUUGAAGACGAAGAGAUGAAAUUUGAGAAGUUAUAUCAGUUAUUUGAUGGACUGAAAAUGACGCAAUCUGUUAUCUACUGUAAUACAUUCGAAAAAGUCGAGUGGCUAAAUGAAAAACUACGCACACACCAUUUAACCGUAUCUAUUCUGGACUUCAAGAUGGAUGCGGCGCAACGCGACAACUGCAUAAGAGAGUUUCGCACAGGUGCCAGUCGGAUUUUACUACGACUAGAUAGGCUUGAAAAUGACGCUGAUAUUCCACAAGUCAGUCCUGUUAUUAACUAUGAUCUUCCGAUUGAUUGUGAGAAAUAUGUUCGUCGUGUUGGACGCAGAGGUCGAUUCGGUCGAAACGGGCUGGCCAUCAAUUUCAUUACCGUUAAUGAACGAUCACUUUUACGUCGAAUUGAACAACAAAAUGGUAUCAAAAUUGAAGAGUUGCCAGCAGAGGUCGCUAGUUUGAUUUAA